UCUUAGGGGGUAACUGUGCCGGCGAUUUUAAACUGAAACUGCUGCUAGUUUACCACUCAGAAAAUCCUAGAGCUAUGAAGGGUAUUCUUAAAGCUAGUCUCCCAGUUUACUGGAAAAGUAAUGCCAAGGCUUGGGUGACAGGGGCAAUGUUCAUUGAGUGGUUCUCCAGUUGUUUUGUGCCUGAUGUUGAGCGCUACUGUGCACAGAAGAAUCUGCCGUUUAAAGCACUGCUGAUUCUUGACAAUGCUCCUGGUCAAUCUGCAAGCAUACGUGAACUCAACCCAAAUGUUAAAGUUGUAUUUAUGCCACCAAACACGUCAUUGAUUCAGCCAAUGGAUCAAGGGGUGAUCAGAUCCUUCAAGGCCUAUUACCUGAGAAGAACCUUCAAACAGGCCAUCCGUGCAACAGAAAAAGGUGAUAAAAGCCUGAAAGAGUUCUGGAAAGGUUUUAACAUUUACAGUGCCGUGAAAAACAUUGGAGAAAGUUGGGCUGAGGUUACACAGUCAAACAUGAAUGGUGUGUGGAAAAGCAUGUGUCCUAGCCUAGUGAAUAACUUUAAAGGCUUUGAUAGUGAUAGUGUAGAGGAGACCAAGAGCAACUGUGUAAAGCUUGGGAAUGAGUUAAGUCUGGACAUAGAGGAGAGUGACAUAAAUGAGGUCCUCGAUUCUCACGACUCAGAAUUAAACGCUGAAGAUCUGAUGGAGCUGGGGAAACAAACAGAGGCUGAUGAAAAUGACGACGUAGUGUUACGGCAGUUUACAAUAAAAAACAUGGCAAGUGCUUUUCAAGCCCUGGAAAAAGCAAUGGUGUUCUUUGAAGAGCAAGACCCAAAUGCAGAAUGCUUUGCCAGAGUUCACAGGGCAAUGGAAGAUGCAGUGACUUGAGAUAUGCUGCUAAACAGUCAUCAAUUCUUCAUUUCUUCAAGCAAGCUUCUCAUUCCUCAGCCUCAUCUCCAGCCUCAACUCCAUCCACAUCUUCAACUCCAUCCCGAUUGUCAACUCCAUCCAGAGCAUCAACCUCAAGCCGAUGUUCAUCCCCAGACUCCCCUGAUGAAGAACUUCUUACUUCAACAUCACCUCAGAAACAGAAUGAGUGAGCGAGUGAGGCAGCAGCUGUGUGUGAGGGAG